GCCACUUUGAAACUUGCCCCAUUCCACCGAGUGUUGAACCCGUCAUGUUCGUGACCCGCAAACUCCAAGCUGUCAAGGCGACCCAGUUUUCUCAAGGAUACAAGGCGUUCAGCGCGCUUGCUGGUCUUGAUGCGAGCAAGACAAUCAUCCAUCAAACGCCACACCCCAAGGCCAAGACCCCAAAAGAAAAACUGACUUUUGGUACGACGUUCUCGGACCACUUGCUAGAAAUCGACUGGGACAAGAAUUCUGGCUGGGGUGCGCCUCUCAUCCGCCCGUAUGGCCCCCUCGCCAUCGACCCUGCCGCGAGUUCUCUUCAUUAUGCGCUCCAGUGCUUCGAAGGCAUGAAAGCGUACAUUGAUAGCAAGGGCAAAAUUCGCCUCUUCCGACCGGAUUUGAACAUGAAGCGCAUGAACAACUCCAUGGAACGCCUCUUCCUCCCUACCUUUGAUUCAGACGAAUUGAUCGAAUGCUUGAAGAAGUUGAUUCUCUUGGACAAGUCCUGGAUCCCCGAAGGCGACGGCUACUCGUUGUACAUCCGACCGACUGGUGUCAGCACCCACCCCUUCAUCGGCGUGGGAGCGUCCAGCAAAGCCAAGGUCUACGUGAUCUUGUCCCCCGUUGGCCCAUAUUACCCAGAGGGAUUCAACCCAGUGAAGCUCUUCGCUGACGACAAAUACGUCCGCGCUUGGCCUGGUGGGACCGGCAAUACCAAAGUGGGCGGUAACUACGGCCCCACGAUCAUGCCUCAAAUGGAAGCGGCCAAAAAAGGUUACUCGCAAAUUUUGUGGCUCUUUGGCGAAGAUCACUUGGUCACUGAAGCUGGCACGAUGAACUUGUUUGUGUUUUGGAUCAACGAACAAGGCGAAAAGGAACUCGUCACUGCUCCUUUGACCCGCGGGGAUAUCUUGCCGGGGGUGACGCGCCAGUCGAUUUUAGAAAUGACGCGUGGCUGGGGCGAAUUUAAAGUCACAGAACACACCAUCACGAUGCCGGCGAUUGUGAAAGCCCAACAAGAAGGACGUUUGCUCGAAGUCUUUGGUUCGGGCACCGCCGCUGUCAUUUCGCCCGUCCAGUUAAUCAACUACAACGGAAAAGACGUGAAUGUGCCGUUGGAUGCCCCCGAUGGCAAGUCGGGCCAACUGACCAAGCGGAUCUGGAACGAAAUGACCGACAUCCAGUAUGGUCGUGUCGAACACCCUUGGUCUGUCGUGAUCAAUUAAGUAGUCUGUUUUGUGCAUGCCCUCCCAUGUCUUGGGACUUUACAGGCCAGCCCAUGAUAACACUUACCACGUUGGUUUCCUCUUUCAUUGCUCAAGUUGAUUCAAACCCAUACAACAAGCGCUCCGUGUUGUGUCA